CUGCUGCUGCUGCCAACGAACGAGAGACGAGGGGACGAAUCGAGCGCAUUCUUGAUCGUCAAUUUGACGAUCGAAUUGCGAGUCUGGCCAGUUUUUUCGUGCGGUGCGCUUUUCUUAUUGCGGGGCGUCUUCGUGUUCUGCGUUUUCGUGAAAUCGAGAGGGCUCGAAGGAAUUUAUGGUUCUUGAUUUGUGCGGUUUGGUGGGUGAUCGGACUUGGAGGAUGAGGAUGAGGAGGAGGUGAUGAUGAAGGCCGGUUCGGCUGCCGCCGCUGCUGCUGCUGCUUCCGUUGGUGAGGCGGGGGCAGCGAGUGCGGGGCAUGGAGCUGAUGCUGCUGGCGUCGAUGCCAAAUUGAAGAGACUGCAUUCGCUAUUGUUUGGGUCGGAGAAUGCUCUGGCUGCGGCGGAUUCUGAAACAGCGCUGGGCUUGGCAUUGCGCCUUCUCGGAUUUUUAGGGAGUGAGAGCAAGACUGCCGAAGAUGAAGCGUAUAUUUGCAAAAUGUUGAAAGUCGUCCAUUCCACCGUCGACACAGCACGGCGAGGUCUCAAUUCUGGCCGUGAAGCCCAGGAGCGAACCAGAUCCGAUGAACCACGCUUUAGCGCGCACAGCUGCUCCAUUGAUCUUCAGCGGAUCAAGAAUUCAAAGUACUUCUCGUCUGUAUAUAGAACACCUGACAAAACACCAGACGAGCUGUCUGCUUCAAGGGAUGGAGCCACAGCCCAAUUGAGUCGAGCGCCAUCAAUGCCUACUGUCAGGUCUGAUCUUAUAUUCCCAAGGAUGGAGAACGAGAAAGGGGCCGAGCGCAGAGUACCAAUUUCUGCUCGAGGUAUGAUGCAAUCGAAGAUCACAAAUUAUGGUGGAAAUGGAGUGAAGCCAUCGGGGAACCAAUAUGUUUUGAAAGCGGAAUCUUCCGAGAAUUGCAGAGUCCCGUGCAGGAGGCUCUCCGCGGAAGCGGUGGAACCAUAUGCUCCUGCAGCCAAACACUCCCUUCCUUCAGAACCAGUGGCGAAAGCAACCACUUCCAAGUCAGUGCCCAGACGGACGGCGGAUAUAGUCGAUUCUGAUUUCAUACCGGCUCCAGAUGAUGAAGAGGAUGACAAGAGUUUGUGGAACAGUUAUGGAUCUGGACGGAAACGAGGUCGAAAUUCUUAUCUGCACAAGAAAGCCCAAACUAAAACUAGGGGUGGGUUCAGAAACGAUGACAGUGAUGAUGAGUUUGGAGAACGAGCUCCGAAAGUCUCUUCUUACAUUACGCGGAAAAAACAGGAAACGAUGAAGCAACUUCAGAAAAAAGAGGAGUGUGGAAGUGACAGUGAAGACGAUGUAGAAGACAGGGCAAAUGCUUUUGUGACUGCAAAGCAAAAAUGGGCCAUGGAGUCGUUGUGCAAGCGAAUGUCGUCUUCCAAUCCAGGAGGAAGUAAUUCCUUUCCAAAUGGAGGAAAUGCGUCGAGUAAUGGUCGUAAUGGUGCUGCCAAAUCCCUGGGGGUUCGACGAGGAGUUCGAGGCAACUUCGUUCCUCCCGUUCGGUUUAAUGGUGGUUCAACAAGUGGAGCUGCAGCGGCGCCUCGUCAACAGCAUGGGGGAGAGAAUGGUGUCGAGGACUCCACUAAGAAGUGUUUGGAGCUUCUUGUUGGCCCUGAUGGCGAGCUUCCUGAACGCCUCCGCAAUCUGGAACCCAAGCUCAUAGAACAUGUCAGUAAUGAAAUUAUGGAGCAAGAUCCCAACGUGCGUUGGGAUGACAUCGCCGGGCUCGAGCAUGCCAAGAAAUGCGUAACCGAAAUGGUCAUUUGGCCUCUUCUGAGGCCAGACAUAUUUCAAGGGUGCAGGGCUCCAGGGAAAGGCCUGCUGCUCUUCGGACCACCGGGUACUGGAAAGACCAUGAUUGGCAAAGCGAUUGCGGGGGAGGCGAGAGCAACGUUCUUCUCAAUAUCAGCAAGCUCUUUAACGAGCAAGUGGAUUGGGGAAGGAGAAAAACUGGUGAGAGCGCUCUUUGGAGUGGCUAGCUGCCGGCAACCUGCUGUGAUUUUCAUUGACGAAGUAGAUUCUCUCCUGUCUCAGAGGAAAGCCGAAGGGGAGCAUGAAUCAAGUCGAAGACUCAAAACUCAGUUUCUUAUUGAAAUGGAGGGUUGCGGAAGUGGGACGGAGCAGAUUCUUCUCAUUGGAGCAACAAAUAGACCUCAGGAACUAGAUGAGGCCGCGAGGAGACGCCUGUCCAAGCGACUCUACAUACCUUUGCCUUCUGCUGCGGCAAGAGCGUGGAUUGUCCGUAGUCUUUUGAACAAGGACGGGCUUAUGACGUUAUCGGAUGAUGAAGUCGAAACAAUUUGCACCAGAACCGAUGGGUACUCGGGUUCUGACAUGAAGAACUUAGUGAAGGAGGCGUCCAUGGGUCCUUUACGGGAGGCACUCACGCAGGGUAAAGACAUUAGCAAGAUCAGCAAUGACGAAAUGAGAUCCAUAUCUCUUCAGGAUUUCAUGUCUGCUUUACAACAAGUAAGAGCUUCGGUUUCUCAACAUGAGCUCGGGUUAUAUGAGGAUUGGAACAAACAAUUUGGAAGCUUAGCUUUGUAGAUAUAUAUAAAACACUGGAUUCAGUCUAGACCUGCAUCUUGUGGUUCUUACGUAGCGUUCACACUUUGAUAGAUAUGCAUCUCUGUUGAAUUCUUUUAGAACCGCGAUUUCGUUUUGUGCAAUUGGACAAAACAUUUGUUCCCCGCACAGAGCUGCUAUGACGUACCCUUCAAUUCCAGCAAUGGUGCCGUUCACGAGGAAUUCAUAAGGGACGUGAAGGCAAGUAUCACCUCAUGUCUUUGACAAGGAGAUUGAAUGGGAGUAAUGAAGAUGCAUUCCGCACAAAUGGCAGUGAAAUCUCAUGAUAGUGAAGAGGCUUUAGAGUUAGUUGUAAAGGUUCUGAAAAAGCUCUUCAAGAGAAGCUCUCCAUUGCAUUCAGAGGAAUGUAAUACACAGCUCUGCACUGAUACAAUGUCUCUCGAGGUACUGAUUGCAAGAAAUAUUGUGUCUUGAAACCAGUACGUCACUGUACAGUGACUGGGAAAAUGAUCCCGUGGAAUGAAACUGGAAUGAAACUCUAAUUUCAUGGCAACUUGUUCUAUGAGACAAAACCUGUACAUGCAUCAACUUCUUUCUUACAAUUGGAAAAAAUUUCUACUUCUGAAACUUCCGCUCACCUUCUCAAAUUAGCUUUCCGGUAGAGGAUUUAAUUCCGUUGUUUCUAAAUCUCCGAUUGUGUAUCUUUGUGACAUGACUUCGUAUGAAUUAAAAUCUGGUCUUUGGUUUAUUGGGACGACAGAGUAGAGCAUGAAAAAGGCACAUGUAUAGAUACUGACAUGCCACCAGCU